AUUAAUAAAGAUAACAUCUGUGGGGAAAAUAUCCUUGAAUUUCUUUUUCAUUCGGGAACAAUUCCUUCAUAAUAUUUUAUUUUUAUUGCCUAAUUAAUGAUUUAUUAUUGUAAUACUAUUAUCCUGUUAUCAUAAUUAUUAUUCUAUUAAUAUAAUUGUUGUACCGGUAUUAUAAUUGUUAUUUUAAUCCCUUUUUUGUAACUUUUAUUAAUUAUUUUUAGUGAAGUAUGAAUUUGAUUCAAUUUGUCUAAAAAAUGCUUGAUUUUGAGGACUGGAAGGAUUUAUCAAUUAACGUUGAUAAGUACCAUAAAUCCUCUGGAUGCCUUAAGUAUCCUACUGCUUCCCCCGAUCUUAAUAAUGUAAAUAAUAGCCAAACAACUGGUAAACACAAUGAUUUUAAUGAUUUUUUAUUAAAUAAGCCCAAAUGGCCUCCAAAAGUCAACACUACUAACAAUGUUAAUGGUGUUAAAGGAGUAAACAUAUGUAAGAGUGUAGAGUUGCCCUAUUGCUCAUGUAUGGAUAUGAAAACAUCAAAACGAUACAAUUCACAGUACAUCGCUCUUCACGACAUGAGUUCUAAUUCUCACUCUGAUGAUAUUUAUCGCUCAAUCAGUUCUUGUGCAGUUUUAGUUAUUGGCGCUGGCGGUCUAGGCUCUCCUUUAUUACAAUAUUUAGCUUCAUCAGGAAUUGGGUUGAUAGGAAUAAUGGACGGUGAUGUAGUGGAGUUAUCAAAUUUACACAGGCAAGUGAUACAUGAUGAGUGUAAUACUGGUAUGAAUAAAGCUGUUUCGGCCAAAACCCGCCUUCUCUCCAUUAACCAAUCUAUAAGAUGUAUUGCUUAUGAAUUUUAUUUGAAUGUUAAGGAAGCUCAUGAAAUAAUACCACUAUAUGAUGUCAUCGUUGAUUGUUCAGAUAACCCACAAACCAAGUAUUUAAUAAAUGAUUCCUGCUUAUUGUAUAAUAAACCGUUUGUAAUUGCCAGUUGCAUUAAGUCUCAAGGCCAACUCAUGGUGUUCUUACCUCCAAAUCUCACAAAUAAUUGUAAAAUUGACUCUAAUUUAAAUCAUAAAAAUGGUGAUAAAAUGUCAAAUUUUAAUCAUCCUACACAAUCUAAUUGUGGUGGAAAUAGAUUGUCUGGACCUUGUUUCAGAUGUAUAUGCCCUGAGGCGAAUAACCCCAGCAUAAGUUAUGUAAAAAAUGCUUGCAGCUCAGCAGGUGUUUUAAGCUCAUUACCGGGAGUUUUGGGCACAAUUCAAGCGACUGAAGUGAUAAAGAUCUGUUCUGGAUUAUUUGAUAAAUGUCUUUCACCUGGUAAAAUGCUCAUUUACGACGCUCAAAAUCCUCUUAACCCAUUUAAAACCGUACAAUUAUCCAGAAAUCCCACUUGUAAAAGUUGUGGAGGUGGCGAGAUAAAGUUGUAUAUGGCACCGACUGAGGAGUUAAAGUUUAAUCUUGAUCGUGACGACUUGGCUAUUAGUCCAGAGGAAUUCGUUGAUCUAUACUUUAAGCAACUGGGCAAAGAGUGCCCGACAAGAAUAUCAUUUAAUGAUUUAUCAAUAUCAGUGGAUACUUCUGGAACUGAGUAUAAAAUUUGCUUAAUUGACGUCAGACCUGAAUCGCAUUAUUAUAUUUCACAUUUACCAGGAGCUGUUAACUGGCCCCUCAACACUCUAAUCAACUGUACUCAAGCCUCGUUCAACCUUACACUAUCACAGUUAACUAGUAAAUCCACAACCAAUGUGUUACUGUUGGUAAUGUGUAGAAAAGGAAAUUCUUCAAGAAUAGCCACUGAAUUCAUGAGGAAAUUAUUGGCCACAGGUUUGAAUGGUGGGAAAUUGGAUAAUGUUUUGUGUUUUUCAGUUGCUGGAGGAUUACAAUACUUAAUAGAACAUUUUAAACUACAAAUGCCGCACACUUAAUUUACUUCACCAUGGCAGGUGGUUCCCGCUAUCACCUUUCUGUGACUUA